AUGGCGAGUCUAUCUAAGGAACUGCUUAUGGAAAUACUGUCUAAUAAUAAUAAUAAUGGUCCUUCAAUUUGUAACCCAUGUACUAGAAAAUACACUAAAUUAUUACCUUAUGAUAACUCAACAGUACCAAUUGUAAUUGGAUUUGGUUACGAUCCUCUAAUAGAUGACCAUAAGUUAUUAACUUACACUGUAAAGAUUCUUGAUGAGAUUGACAUUUCAUGUUCUUUAUGUGAAUUUCAGCUCUAUUGUGUGAAGGCCAAGACUUGGAAAAAGGUUAAUUGUAACAAUAAUGCCUUUGUAGAGAAUUAUGGUUACGAGUUAUUUGGUUAUGCAAAUGUUGAGAAUUGUUUGUAUUGGAUAGUGAAUCCAAGGUUGAAAAAGGACAAUAUUUCUUUUAUUUUCGGGUUUGAUCUUCAAACCGAAAAACACAGCGAAUUGGCUCUACCAUUUGAUCAUAAUGAUGAAGCUUCACUUCUCAUGUUUGGACCUCCUGUGGGAUUGGAAGGCUGCCUUUGUGUGACUCGACGAGUAAUCGAUACGCGCCAUCGAUGGAAGUUUGAGAUUUGGGGGGUGAAAGUGAAGAAUUAUGAUCAUGAUCAUGAUGAUCACAAUAAACAAUGUUGGAGUUUAAUGUUCACUUUGGUGCCUGAUCAUCCUAGUAGAUUUCUAUGCUAUUUUGAUAUUAUUCUUCCAAUAAAGAAUUUCAGGAGUACAAAUCAACUUCUCUUAGAUGUUAAUCACAAACUUUUUCUAUAUGAUUUGGAAACUGAAUCAACUAAGCCUCUACAUGUUCCCCUUUUGGAUGAUUCACAAAAUUUCGAAGCAUUUUUGGGUGUGCAAAGUCUUCUUUGA